UUCGUGGCCUACUUCCACCCAAAAGAUCACUUCAAGAACUAAAAGAAAUUAUUAUGUUCCGGACACAACAUUUUGAGGUUCGUUAUCGAUGUAAGUUGAAAAUGAUAAGCUUCAUCUUGGUCCCCAAGUUUACAAGUCAAGUUCAUAAUAUCCAAAUACAUCAUAUAUAGACGGCCUACACUCCAGACCGAGGGACUAAAGUACAGA